CUCCAGAGGACCCGGAAGUGACACAGCUUUAUAAAGGAAGGAAUCCUAUCAUUGAAGAGGUGGCCGUUGUGGAACGUCGAGAAGAACAACAAAACCAGGAGCGAUGGAUCAGAUGAGAUCGGCGUUUAACGGCGUGGUUAAAAGCGUGCGUUACAGCAGGUUCACCCUGCAGCCCACAGAGAAUGGAGAAAGACAUGUGGAGGUCAAACUAUCUGAAGAUGGCACUGAGGAGUUCACAGACGUGGAGGCCGAGGGCUCGCCAAGCUUCAGGCCGGCACCUCGAAAUUAUAGCCGGCGUUACAUUGCCUGGCUGCUCCUGGGAACCUUGCUGAUAUUUAUCACUGGCUAUCUGGUUGGUUAUGUCAGUCACAGUAAACCUAAAGUGGAGUCGGUGAACUGCAGCCCAGAGAAAAAUCAGACAACAGGGAAGCAGUCUGUGGUUGCAUCAGUGACACAAGCUCCAGUUGCAUCAGUGACACAAGCUCCAGUUGCACAACCUGCAGAGGUUGAGAUGGACUUCAAGAGCAUCUCUCAACUUCUUGCGAGGAGAAUGACCAGAGAGGCCUUUCAAAAUACUCUAAAGGACUUUGAUCGGCCCGAGCGUUCAGCAGGAAGUGAUGAAGACAUGAGUUUGGCAAACCGCAUCUUUGAUGGAUUCAAGGAACAGGAGAUGGAUCCCUGGACAGACAUCCACUAUGUUCAGCUGCCGAUGCCAGACAGCCAGAAUCCAAACAAGGUUCAGUUUGGUUCAGAAGAUUUCAGCCUUACUGGGUAUCUGGCCUACAGCGCUACAGGCAGAGUUCAGGGCAAACUUGUGUAUGGCAACUAUGGGCGUAAAGAGGACCUGGACAUCGUGAAUAAAAAUAAGGUUGAGCUAAAAGGCUGCGUGCUGCUCGUCCGUGCUGGAAAGCUCAGUUUUGCAGAGCAGGUGGCCAAUGCUGCAGAUAGAGGGGCGUCUGCUGUUCUGAUCUACCCCGAUGAAGCUGAUUACAAUUAUGUAGCUGACACUGUGCUCUAUGGACAUGUCCAUCUGGGCUCUGGUGAUCCCUACACCCCUGGAUUCCCCUCCUUUAACCACACCCAGUUUCCCCCAACUCAGUCAUCUGGCCUCCCCAAGAUCCCAGCCCAGACUCUCACCCGCAGUAUUGCUGUAAAACUUCUUCAGAAAAUUGGUGGUCCUGAACCAGAUGCAGCAAGUGGUUUUAAAGGUGGAUUCAAGCAAGUGUCUUACAGUCUGGGAGGUGUUGAGAACAUCACUGUUGAGGUCAACAACAAGCUGGUGAACAAGGAGAUCCAUAAUGUGUUUGGGGUGAUCAAAGGAUUUGAUGAUCCUGAUCGCUACAUUGUACUGGGAGCUCAGAGGGAUGCCUGGGGUAGCGGCUACGCCAGAGCCACUAUUGGCACCUCAGUACUGGUACAGCUGGCCAAGGCUUUCCAUGAGAUGGUCGAGAAUGAUGGGUUCAGGCCCAGGAGAAGCCUGGUGUUUGCGAGCUGGAGUGCAGGAGAAUAUGGAAGUGUUGGCGCCACAGAGUGGCUUGAGGGUUAUAUGGCCUCUAUUGACAAAAAAGUGUUCACCUACAUAAGCCUGGACGGGGUUGUCAUGGGUAAGGGGGGCUUUAUGGCCUCAGCAAGUCCACUGCUCUACAGCCUCCUUGAGACCACGAUGAAAGAGGUAAAUAGUCCUGUUGGUGCUGGCACGGUGUACGAGAUGGUAGGAAAAACGUUGGAGGCUAAUGUAAUGAGACCGAUGACAAUAGAUGACCCAGCCUAUCCCUUCUUGGCUUUCUCUGGAAUUCCCUCAGUCUCCUUUCACUUCAUCAAACCAAAUUCUGAGGUCUACACUUAUUAUGGCACUCAAUUGGACACCAUGGACCACCUUAACUAUGAAACCAACCAUCAGACCAACGAGGUCACGGCGAUAGCAGCGCAGUUUGCUGGUCAGAUGGCCCUGCACCUGGUUCAUGACCACCUGCUGAGCUUGGAUGUGAACCGGUACAGCAAAACCCUCACCAAGGCUGUGGCGGGAGUCUACAAACGCAUCCGGCUGCUCCCACAGGUGAAGGAUUUGAGUCCCAGCUGGCUGAACCGUGCACGAGGCUCCUUCCAGCGUGCUGCCAGUAACCUCUACAAUGACAUUGCCAACACCAACUUGGAUGACAAAGAAGCCUGUCGAAUCCUCAACGACAGGAUCAUGAAGGUUGAGCACAGCCUCCUCUCUCCAUACGUCUCACCUGUUGAGGUUCCCUUCCGUCACCUACUGUUUGGCCGAGGCUCCCACACUCUGGCGUCCAUUGCUGAGACUACUGACGUGGAUGAACUCCGCACCCAGCUGGCCCUAGCCACCUGGAACUUGCAGGGAUGUGCCAAUGCCAUGGUGGGAAACAUCUGGGACCUUGAUGAAGAAAUUUAAAUUGGUGGUACGCAGAGAUGUGAGGGUGGGAGUUGUGUGUUUGCAUGUGUAUUUUUUGGAAAGUAAGUUUGAGGUAAAUCAUAGCGCUCCAAUAUCAGCACUUAAAAGCACAAGCCGUUAAUCAGAAACCCCAACCUUUGUUCCAGGCUUAUACUCAGAUUUCAGGGGAAUUCAAAUAAAUUCCACAAAUAGUCUCAAAGAGAACAGUGUUAAAAUGUAGAGCUGAAAACUGUGAACAAGGAUUACUUGACGAAAUGAAAUGCUACUGACAAAUCCACCUCCUCUCAAGUAGACUCGAAGCUCUUGCUGCGACCACUUGCCAUCAAAGCACUAAAAGACCUUAUAUGUAUUUGUUUUUUAUUGUUUUGUUUUUUAAAUUAUUUAUCAGUGGCAGUGUCCACUAUAAAGCUGUUGUUUGUCUUUUUAUACGACGUUAUCGGAAGCAGUGUCUUCCAUAAUUAUGACGGUUAUACUGUCGAAACCUACGGCAGUAUCUGCUAAAGAAAUGACUCCAAAUGUUGCUGGAAAAAAGACCCAGAAAAAGUUUAAUCUUUCUACCCUCUUUUUCUUCCUUUAGCGUUGAGCUGCUGUAAAAGCAGGCUUUCACAAAUAGACUGACAUAACUGCAUCUGUGGAUUCCCUCUGUUAGAAUGGAGAAAUUAAUGGUAUAAAAAAAAAAAAAAAAAAAAUUGUAUCUUGGUAGAUUUAAAAAGUCUGUAUUUAAUGAGAUUUUCCAAUGCCUGACUAAAGCUGGCAAGGAAACAAAAAAAUUGUCUGCAGCUUGUGGAAAAGUGUUUAUUUAUCACAAGCAAAGAGAUUUAUUCUGCAAUUGGUGGCAAAGUGAAUGUCAAAUAAGUUUAAAAAAAAAACAAACAAAAGCAAUGCAGGCACAAUACUAAAUCUGAGCUCAAAGAGACAUUUAUGUUGCACUCUCUACUUUGGAGCAUUUAAUGAGUUUUAAUAAUUUUAUCGGGAGCAGUGCCUUCCAUAAUUAAACCGCAUUAUCGGGAGCAGUGCCUUCCAUAAUUAAACCGCAUUAUCGGGAGCAGUGCCUUCCAUAAUUAAACCGCAUUAUCGGGAGCAGUGCCUUCCAUAAUUAAACCGCAUUAUCGGGAGCAGUGCCUUCCAUAAUGAUAAACAGUGACGGUAGUUUUUGCCUACCAUUGUGUGUUUUUUGUAUACGUGUAUUUAUCGAGAGCAGUGUCUCUCAUAUUUCACUUGAAAGGUGGAACAACUUAUCGGGAACAGUGUUUCCCAGAGUUUUUAUACUUACUGUAUUUGUUUUGGGCUUUUGUUUUGUGUGCAUAUAGGUAUUGUCCUCCAUAGAGUGUGUGCACUCUUCUGGUUCCUGCUGUUUUUGUUUGUGCAUACAUUUCCUCUUUAAUACUAUUACUAAUCAUAGUGAGCCUCAUCUGGGCAGGAUUGACAGUACAGGUCGAGGUAGAAAAUGAGGACAUUAUUCCAAACGGUGCAUGACCAAAGUCAUCUAAAUGGGGUGGUGGGAAAAGCAAUUUGUCAUUUGUAUUGGUUAUAAAUCAGCUAGGAAAAACUCAACACUCACAUUUCUAACUUUUCAAUAUGAAUUGAUAGUUCUGUGUCUAUAGGGUUAUUAUAAUCAGUAGGUGCUCACAGCCAAUUCAGGUUAAAUUGUGGCACCAAUAAAAGUAUACCAGUGUGUCGGUACCUGCAUCAGAUUCAAAAUUUUGCUUUUUGAGUUUAAUCAGUUUUCUUAAUUUAAUCAAAUUGUAACUUGCUGAUCCUCUUUAAAAUUAAGCUCAAGGAGAAGUAAUUGGGACAAGGAGAAAGGGGCUACACACCUAAAUCUACCCUGCAGUAGCAUAUCGAAGCUUUUACAGGGUCUCACUCUUUUAAUAGCUGUGAUGUCUAUAACCAGAUUAUUACUUUAACGUGACUUAACUUUGAAGGAUAGGCAAGCCUAUUUUAAAAUUCAGACAUUUCAUUGACAUAAUAGGGAAACUGCUGCUUUCAUUAUCAUUUUUUUUAAAUUACCUACUGCCUUCCCAGUGAAUCCAGUCCAUAUGAGGCUUUUACUACUUAUACAAUAAUUCUAAGCACUGAAGGAUGUUGAAAUGAGUGCACUAUAAUCAUUAAAGUUAUAGCAACAAACCUGGUCUGUCAGCCUUGUGACCUCAAAACCUCUUUUCUUUGUUAGUGACUGAAAACACAAAUGAAUUCACUUGCAUGGGUUUUCUCCUCACUGCAUGUUACUAAACUGUAGCUCCAAGUGGAACCAUAUUACAGAGUUUCACUUGUCCAAAUUAAAUUUAUUUGUGGUUGUUUGUUGAUCAACCUGGAAUUGUUAUCCCUGAAUUAGUAGAGUUAUAACCGUCAAGUUAAAAUGUCAUAAAUCAGUACAGGAUAUUAAAAGCUACUAAUCGUAUCAAAAGGAUCUGUCACUGAAAAACUGUUUCAUUAUUUGAGCUGAUUUAAUUAGUUCAGCUACUCCUGUAUUGUCUUGCAUCCAUUACAAGAAUAAGUUUCUCCACAUCCAGAACUAGAAAUGUGAUCAUUAGAAAAUUUGUUUUGGCUCACUGUGUUGCUGAAAAAUACUGAGAAUGAUUUCUGUACUUCAGAUGUUGUUGACAUUCUUUAUUGUGACAUCCAUGUUCAGUAGAAAAUUGUAAUAAACCCUUUGGCUUAGCAUAAA